GCCUAGGAACAUUCGGGCCGGCGCGGCUGGCAGACCCCUCACAACAGUGCCCACUUUCUAACAUGGCAGAUCAAUUUGUGUUGUAUUAUCAUGUGACGGCGAAACGCUCCCGUUGAUAGGAUCGUAACCUCGUGCGAGAAGCGAUCGUAGAUCCCGGUUAGCUCGCGAGUGUUAACGCGCGGCGCGACGCGGUCGCGUUAAACACCGUCGCGAUGGCGGACCUCAAGAGCCCGCCGUUUAGUGACAUCAAGCGGCCCGAGGAGGUGGUUGCGAUGGCGAUGAACGACAGCCUCAAGUUCGCCGUGCUGAUCGGCCUGAUCGAGGUGGGACAGGUGUCGAAUCGGGAGGUCGUCAACACCGUGCUUCACCUGGUUUGUAAGACACACGAAGCGAAAAAAGAAAAGUGGAUGGUUGCAGUUCCUCAAGGGGUUCCUUGAGACACAGAGAGAGGCUCCUUGUCCCUCGUAAUUUCCGGCAACGUUCGCCGAUUAUGUCCUAAUAAUAUCGAGGAGGCAGGAAAACUCCCGACGAACGAGAGAUAGCGAAACGCGCGGGGAUGUAAACGUCUCCUCUGCCUCUCAUUGUCGAGAGCGAAAGGGGAUGGCGGUAGUUAGUUGCGAAGAGAUGAAAGGACUAUUGAACGUUCACAGCCUCAGCUUUUCAAAGCCGAGAGGCUAUUGGCAUUACGCGAAACGAGAUAUCCAAUAACUUCGUUUUUUACAAUUAACGAAGCGAACGUAUCAAAGGAUGGCCGGUGAUGCGUAAGCUUCAUUGAUGACGAUACUCGCGAGCCAAUGUUCAAUAACGUGCCAUUACUUGAGAACUCGAUUCUGUUGUUUCAACGCUCGAAAUGCGACGUUGCGUAUAUCUGAAAAUUAUAUGUAUGCUGUAAACGCUAACGCGCUAUUACCAAACUAAAAUUAGCGGUAAUGCUUUUCUUAUCGAAAAGACUAUUUUUGGCGUACCUAU